AUGAUUUCACCACUACUCCUUCUCAAAUUGAUUUUGAUCGAAACCGUAAGAUUUUCCCAAGGUUUUUCGGGCCAAUUUCAAAAAAAUUCCAGAUCUGCUGCUAUCAAAUAAUUCUAAUCUAUGGAACAUUGAAUGUGUCGGAUGUUUUAAGCACAACAAAUUCAGAUUCAUAUGAAUCAUGUUCAAAUGUAUGUUUAUCAAAUAUAAAUUGUGUUUCUCUAUUUUAUAUUCCAUCUUCUCAAUCUUGUUCUAUUUAUUUUAUUUAUCAAGUCAAUUCCUAUCUCAAAAAUAAUAGUUUACAAACUAUUGUUGGAAUUAAGGUAAGUCACGGGAUUUAUGACGUGGUAAAUUAGAAAUUAUUUUUCUUUUUUCUAGACAAACUCCUCCAGUUCAAAAACCUGUCCCUCUUCAUUUUCUGAUGUCAAUUUAUCCGGUGAUGUAAAUGGAAUCGCAUAUCAAUUUUCAAGUUCAAACUCAAGUUUUAGCUACGAAACUUGUCCUGAUGGAUAUAAACAAUUUACACGAACUCGUGGAAUUUGGUGCAUGAAAUUAUAUGACUUUCAAACUGCUCCAAUCACUUUUGAUAGCUCAUUUUGCUCUCAAUAUUCAGCAUAUCCAACAGGAUUCGAUAAUUCAGAUGAACUCAGUUACAUAACAUCUGAAAUUGUGUCAACUUCGAUGUUGAAAAUGAAUAUUGGAAUUGAUGGACAUCGAAUUCCCUCAUGUUAUAAUUCAACAACAACUUGGUGUGAUGAUUUUGAAUCAUCGAAUAAUUAUACAUCUACUCCACCAUUAAUUAAUUGGGGAGCUUGGAAUCCUUCUAGACGGAAUGGUUCUGUUUUGGAGAAUGAACUAUCAGUUUGGCUUCAAAAUGCAAGUACUCUUGUUGAUAUUUUUGGUGAUAUUGCUAGUGAUAAACUUGUUUAUGGAUUUGUUUGUGGAGUUCCGCUGGGAAAUUGGAAUUUUUCUUGAUUGAUUUUCGGAUUUGAUGUGAAAAUAAAGAUUUUCUUGAAAAAUUGUGUUUCUCUAUUUUGAAAAAUGAUGAGGCUAUGAAUUUUCUUUGCUCAAUCGGGCAGCCAUAGUACCCAAGAAAGAUCAGGACCAAUUUUCUGAAUUUCACAGUAUUCUGAAAACCAUGGUAGCUAGAGUACACACUAUAAUAGAAAGAAUGCGUUUUAUGAUGAUUUGGGGAAUUCGGGGAGCCAUGGUUUCUAAAAUAAAAGCAAAAUAUAUAUUUUCAUCGUUAUUCAUUAAAGACCUUCUAUAUGAUCUUCCCACUUUAUUUCUUCAUUGAAACAGUGAGAUUUUCCCCAGAUUUUUCGAGCCAAUUUCAAAAAUUUUCAGAUAUCUUGCUACCAGAUUAUCCUGAUCUAUGGAACAUUGAAUGUGUCGGAUGUUUUAAGCACAACAAAUUCAGAUUCAUAUGAAUCAUGUUCAAAUGUAUGUUUAUCAAAUAUAAAUUGUGUUUCUCUAUUUUAUAUUCCAUCUUCUCAAUCUUGUUCGAUUUAUUCUAUUUAUCAAGUCAAUUCCUAUCAUAAAAAUGAUAGUUUGGAAACUAUUGUUGGAAUUAAGGUAAGUCAAGGGAUUUAUGACGUGGCAAAAUGAAAAAAAAAUACCAUAACAGUCAUGGUGAGGACUUUGAUUUACUAGAAGUUUGAGAUGAAUAAACUUCUAGAAUCGUCGAAGUUUUAUAAACUAGACUCAAGUCAUUAUUCUAACACCUAGUGUUCCAAACUGUACGAUUAAAAAAAGAUAUCCAAGCUCAAAAGGACUAGGGGGGCGAGUUUACCCAAGAUUGAAAAACCUAGAAUGCUAGAUCAAAAUCUGCUGGGGACUAGAAUUACCUAACUGCAAAACCUAGUCCCUCAUCAUUUUCUUCCAGACAAACUCCUCUAGUUCAACCUGCGCUUCUUCAUUUUCCGAAAUCAAUUUAUCCGGUGAUGUAAAUGGAAUCGCAUAUCAAUUUUCAAGUUCAGAUUCCACUUUCAGUCAUGAAACUUGUCCUGAUGGAUAUAAACAAUUUACACGAACUCGUGGAAUUUGGUGUAUGAAGUUAUAUGAUUUUUUAACGUCUCCGAUCACUAUUGAUUGCUCAUAUUGUUCUCAAUAUUCAGCCUAUCCAACAGGAUUCGAUAACUCGGAUGAACUUAGUUACAUAACAUCAGAAAUUGUGUCAAUUUCACUUUUCAAAAAGAAUAUCGGAAUUGAUGGACAUCGAAGUUCAUCCUGUUAUAAUUCCACAACAACUUGGUGUGAUGAUUUUGAAUCUUCAAACAAUUACACAUCUUCUCCACCUUUAAUUAAUUGGAGUAGUAAUAAUCCUUCUAGACGAGAUGGUUCUGUUUUGGAGAAUGAGCUUUCAGUUUGGGUUCGAGAUGCAGAUGCUGUUGUGGACAUUUUUGGUGAUAUUGCUAGUGAUAGACUUGUUUAUGGAUUUGUUUGUGGAGUUCCGCUGGGAAAUUGGAAUUUUUCUUGAUUGAUUUUCGGAUUUCAUGUGAAAAUAAAGAUCUUUUGAACUUUUUCAGAAAUACAGUAAUCUUUUUUCAUAGUUUCAUGUUGAAACCAUGGUAGCCCGAUUGAACAAAUGCGCGUAGUUGCGUAAAAAUUCAUAGCUUCAUCUUUUCCAAUGAUUUUCCCACGACUUCUCUUCAGCUAUAUUUUGCUUGAAACAGUGAGAUUUUCCCAAGAUUUUUUGGGCCAAUUCCAGACAAUUUCCAGAUCUCAUGCUACCAGAUUAUCUUAAUCUAUGGAACAUUGAAUGUGUCGGAUGUUUUAAGCACAACAAAUUUAGAUUCAUAUGAAUCAUGUUCAAAUGUAUGUUUAUCAAAUAUAAAUUGUGUUUCUCUAUUUUAUAUUCCAUCUUCUCAAUCUUGUUCUAUUUAUUCUAUUUAUCAAGUCAAUUCCUAUCACAAAAAUGAUAGUUUGCAAACUAUUGUUGGAAUUAAGGUAAGUCAAGGGAUUUAUGACGUGGCAAAUUAGAAAUUAUUUUUCUUUUUUCUAGACAAACACUUCUAGCUCAACAUGCCCUUCUAAAUUUUCCGACAUCAAUUUAUCCGGUGAUGUAAAUGGAAUCGCAUAUCAAUUUUCAAGUUCAAAUUCAAGUUUAAGCUACGAAACUUGUCCUGAUGGAUAUAAACAAUUUACACGAACUCGUGGAAUUUGGUGUAUGAAACUGAUCUAUGAAUCAGAAGAAUUCCCCAUAGAUUAUGAAUAUUGUGCCAAGAAUUCCGCGCUGUUAAGCGGUUUCGAUAACGCGGAAGAGGUUGAAUAUAUAACCGGAGAAAUUAUUGCGAUUUCCCUGACUGGUUAUUAUUUCGGAAUGGAUGGAAGGAGAAUAUCAAGUUGCUAUAACUCAACAACAACUUGGUGUGAUGAUUUUGAAUGGACGAAUAAUUAUACAAGUUAUCCGAUGUUUAUCAAUUGGAUUCCAGGUCAACCUUCUAGAUAUACGUAUGUAUAUCAGGAGAAUAAUAUGACGAUUAAUGUGAAAAGUGCGGAUUCUAGAAUCUAUGUUUUCAACGAUGCUUCGUAUGCUGCAUGGGUUUAUGGAUUUGUGUGCGGAGUUCCGUUGGGAAAUUGGGAUUUUUCCUAA